AAGAAAAGAAAAAUAAAAUACUUUUCCAGUCAAUAACUUGCACUAAAUACUCUCUGCUUUUCAAACCAAGAUACAUCUCUUAAGCUCUUUAUAAUCCCCACCCAAUUUCUUGUGAUGAAAAACGGAAUUAUAUUAUAGUGCAAAAAUGAAUGAAGAUGUGUCUGGUCCCCACCCAAAUAUUAAUCAUGUUGACCUCUCUUUGAAGCCAAGUAUGGAUGCAGAUGAUGAUCAGCAUCAGAAGAAGAAGAAGUACGAUGUUUUUAUCAGUUUCAGAGGAGAAGAUACCCGCAGAACUAUUACUAGUCAUCUUGAGAAAGCACUCAAGGAAAGAGGGAUUGAAACGUACAUCGACAAUAGACUUGAGAGAGGAGAAGAGAUUUCCAAAGCUCUUUUGGAUGCCAUUGAGGACUCCAAAUUCUCUAUAGUUAUUUUCUCGACAAAUUAUGCGACUUCGUCGUGGUGCUUGGACGAGCUUGAGCAUAUUAUCCAAUGUAAGAAAGAGGAGAUGCAAAUGGUUCUGCCUGUGUUUUAUAAUGUUGAUCCAGCUAAUGUGCGCAGACAGAAAGAAAGUUAUGCAGAUGCGUUUGUGAAACUUGAACAGCGUUUUUCUGAUACCAAAACACGAAAAUGGAGGAGUGCUCUAACUGAAGCAGCUAGUCUUUCUGGAUGGCACGUUUCAGAAAAGGACAACAGGAAUGAUGCUGAGUUAGUUGACGAAAUUGUCAAACAUAUUAGAGGGAAAUUGAAAACUCCAUCUUCAAUUGAUUAUUUAGAGAAAGGCUUGGUUGGAAUCGAUAAGCGUGUUAAAGAUCUCGACAAAUUGUUAGCAAAUGCUUCCAAGGUAGGAAUUUGUGGCAUGGGCGGGCUGGGUAAGACCACCCUAGCUGAAGUUGUAUUCGAACGGUCUCGUCAUCAAUUUGAUCAUGGGUGCAUUUUAAAAAAUGUUCGAGAAGAAAUCGAAAAAAAUGGAUCAAAUCAUUUGGCAAAAGAUUUUAUCAAAAGACUAUCAAAGGAAGAAAAUGGAGAUUUGGAUUAUGCAAAAAAGAGAAUGCUAAGUCAUAAAAAGUUGCUGUUAGUUCUUGAUGAUGUGGAUAGCUUGGAACAAUAUGAAGCUUUACUUGAAGAUGAACAUGAUUGGUUAAACUCUGAAAGUAAAGUUAUCAUAACAAGCAGAAAUAAACAAGUACUUCGAAAUAUUGUUAGAGGCAACGAAAACAUAUACGACUUACAGAGACUAAAUGAAGAAGAAGCUCUUCAACUCUUCUUGUUGCAUGCUUUCAAAAGGGAAAAUGUUGAAGAAAAGGAGAGAGAAUUUUCAAGAAAGUUUGUAGACUAUGCUAAAGGUCUUCCAAUUGCUCUUAAAGUCUUGGGUUCUGAUCUUUAUUUAAAGAGUAUGAAUGAAGGGCAAAGCUUGUUGAGUAAGCUGAAACAAGUAGAACCCGAUCAAGGAGUACAAAAGGUACUAAAAGUAAGUUUUGAUGGACUGGAAGAAAAAGAGAAGAGCAUAUUUCUUGUUAUAGCAUGUUUCUUUCGAGGUCAGGACAAAGAUUUUGUGAAAGAUAAAUUGGGUGGUCGUGGUUCUUUUGAUGCUGUUAUUGGAGUUCUUGUUGACAAGUGUUUGAUAACUAUAUCUAAAAGCACAUUUGCUCAUGGGCUAGUCCUUCAAGUGCAUGAUUUGUUACAUGAAAUGGGCCAGUCCAUUGCUCGUGGGUUAGGUCGUAAUCAUUUGCAAAAUCAAAGUAGAUUAUUGAUGUCUAAAGAUAUUUGCCACGUCUUGAAGAAUGAUAAGAAUUGGCGCGAAAGAUUGAAGAUGUUUAUAGUAAGUGAAGAAUUUUUUGAUGGUGAUAUUGGUGAUAGAGUACAAUUUACAGAGGUGAUAAGCUUGGACCCUUCAACCUUUAAAAAAGUACCAUGCCUAAGAUUGCUUAAACUACUGAAGAAAAAUUCGCAAAUUGAAUUUGAAUUCCCUCGUGGUCUUGAUGGCACUUUUCCCGAUAAGCUUAGAUUCUUGGAAUGGUACUACUACCCUUUGGAAUCUUUAGGGUCAAAUUUCACACCGCAUAAUCUUGUUCAUCUUAGUAUGGUUCGAAGCCAACUUAAGAAACUGUGGAAUGAAACUCAGGAUGUUAACAACUUGAAAUAUGUCAAUCUCUCUCACUCAAAGAAUCUGACUUGUUUUCCAAAUCUCGCUAAAGCAAAUCUUCAAAUGCUGCGCCUCCAUGGUUGUACAAAUUUAGUUAACCUUCCCCCGUUAAGGUUUCACAACAUUCUUGAUAAUGCAGAGAAAGAAUCCGAAGUCAUGCACAAAUAUAAUUGUUUAAUGCUACAAUUUAUAUAUCAUAAGGUGUAUGAUGAGCGUAAAAGCAUUCACCAGAAUGUGCGACAUUUUGCUGUGCGACAAUCUGUUGAGCAACAUUCUCUUAAGCAAGAUUCUGAUGUGUUCAUGAAUAUAACCCCAUCCCUAUUGGACUAUGUGUGGACAGACGGGGCCUAUAGUUGCUUGCUUGAUCUCAAAGGGUGCUCCAACCUUAGAAGUCUUUCAGUGAUGUCUGGUAAUAUAAAAUUCAUAUGUUUGCGUUCAACUGCAAUAAAAGAAUUGCAUUCCUCAAUUGGCUAUCUCAAAAAUCUUCUUGUGCUUGAUCUCUGUAAUUGUAAAUGUAUCAAGAAUCUUCCAACUAGUAUUCGUAAUUUGGAGUCAUUGGAAUACCUAGAUAUGUUUGGAUGUAAAUCCAUUGAAAAGUUUCCCGAGCUUCCAAAAAAUAUAAAAGGACUAGAUUUGAGUAGAACAUCAAUACAACAAGUGGAUUCAUCAUCCUUUGAGUGUCUACCUUGUCUCCAUAUUUUAUACAUGAAUAGUUGUAUAGAGCUUGAAAGCCUCCCAACUAGCAUAUGUAAGUUGAAGUCUCUUGUGAGACUAGAUCUUGGAAAGUGCUCACGAUUGAAACUUUUUCCAGAAAUCUUGGAGCCUAUGGAGAAGCUAGAGAAACUUUAUUUAGAUGAAAGUGGGAUUGAAGAGAUGCCAUCAACAAUAGAGAAUCUUGUUGUGCUUCGUGAGUUCAACUUCACCUACUGCAAAAAUCUCAAGUGCCUUCCAACCACCAUUUGCAAGUUGAAGUCUCUUACAACAUUAUAUGUUCAUGGUUGCUCACAAUUGAAAAGCUUUCCAGAAAUCUUGGAGCCUAUGGAGAAGCUAAAGAAACUUUGGUUAAAUGGAAGUGGGAUUGAAGUGAUGCCAUCAACAAUAGAGAAUCUUGUUGUGCUUGAUGAGCUAAACUUGUGCAAUUGCAAAAAUCUCAAGUGUAUUCCAACCACCAUUUGCAAGCUGAAGUCUCUUAUAGCAUUAUAUAUGAGUGGUUGCUCACAAUUGAAAAGUUUUCCAGAAAUCUUGGAGCCUAUGAAGAAGCUAGAAGUGCUUUGGUUAAAUGAAAGUGGGAUUGAAGUGAUGCCAUCAACAAUAGAGAAUCUUGUUGUGCUUGAUGAGCUAAACUUGUGUGAUUGCAAAAAUCUCAAGUGUAUUCCAACCACCAUUUGCAAGCUGAAGUCUCUUACAGCAUUACAUAUGAGAGGUUGCUCACAAUUGAAAAGUUUUCCAGAAAUCUUGGAGCCUAUGGAGAAGCUAGAGAAACUUUAUUUAGAUGAAACAGGGAUUGAAGAGAUGCCAUCAACAAUAGAGAAUCUUGUUGUGCUUGAUGUGCUAAGCUUGCGCUAUAUCAAAAAUCUCAAGUGCCUUCCAACCACCAUUUGCAAGCUGAAGUCUCUUACAACAUUAUAUGUUAUUGGUUACUCACAAUUGAAAAGCUUUCCAGAAAUCUUGGAGCCUAUGGAGAAGCUAGAGGUACUUUAUUUAAAUGGAAGUGGGAUUGAAGUGCUACCGCCAUCAAUUGAACGUCUAGUUACUCUUAAAUAUUUAGGUUUAACUAGAUGUAAAGAUCUCAAGUCUAUUCCAACCAACAUCUACAAUAUGAGAAACAUUUCUAAAAUCAUUAUUGAUGACCCAGAACUAAAAAAUUUGUCAUAUUGUGGUUUUUCCUCAUUAAUACUAUCAGGUCCCAGUGAAGCCAUUGCUAGUCAAUUACGUGCAGAAGUUCAAAAUUCCAAGUGCAGAAGUUCUUGCCCUAUCACAAGUAUAAAUGUUUUAUUCAUAUUACAUUCUGAUGGACUCAAAUGUGGCGCCGGCAUUCCAUUCGCUUGUUGUGAGUGCUUUCUAUUUUACUCGGUGCAUAAUAUUUUGGCGAGCCAAUAUUUUGAGUAUAAUAUUUACCGGUGUCGCGAAAUUUCCAAAAUUUUGCGUGAUGAAUGUUAUUAUGGUGAAGAAGAAGAUCAGGAUUUAAUAAGUUGUCCAAAAGCAAGUUUUUGCUAUUCAGGAAAUGCAAUUCCUCGAUGGUUUACUUAUCAAUCUGUGGGUUCAUCAAUAGAAGUAAACUUGGUUCCCUCUUCGGAUAAUUAUUUCAGCUUCUUAGGCUUUGCUAUAUGCAUUGUCGUUGAUUUUGAUCCGUGCACUUCAAAUCCUGGUGUGGUGGACUUAAAUUGUGAAUACCAUCUCAAAAGCAAUGAUGGUCAAAGUUCCAAAUUCUGUUCAAUUCUACUGCGACAAAAAGCUACUCAUGAUUCUGAUGGAGAUUCUAAUGUAGACAACAAUGACAUUUUAGACUGGUCAUCGGGCAAUGUGUUCAUAUCGUAUCUUUACCGAAAAGGUAAUUGGAAAUUUUUAUCUGGAGUUGACAAGGCUUUCUUUGAAUUUUACUUUGGGGAAUCAAAUGAUAGCACCGGCAAAGGGAGAAUAAAACAAUGUGGAGUUCGCUUGGUAUAUCGCCAAGAUGCAAAGGAGUUUGAUAGAGCAGAACCACACAUUUAAACUGAGUUCAAAUAUCAAAGUCUUCUUAGUAUUUCUUUCUCGUUGCAGUCUCUCAUAUUUACAAGAAAGGAAAUCAAAUCAGCUAAUAACGGUGUUGCUUCCAAAAUUCUCUGCGACUUUAUGUGGUGGACCUCAACUACUGCUUCGCUAUCUUCUUUUGUUUCAAAAGACUUUCUAGUUUUUGGGUUCUUUCAUUUUAUAUAUAUUUUCGUUGUAAUGCAUCGCACUCUUUUUCCCCUCUAGAGCUUUUUCUCACUGAGUUUUACUCUUUAGGGGUUUUAACGAGGCUUUGUUAUAGCAUAUAUUUAAUAGUUUUGUUAUGGAUUUAUUUUGGGGUGUUUAGUUUGUUUGAUUCUUAUUUGUAAUCCUAAACUCUGUAUUCUUAUAUAUAUUGGAUAGAAUGCAUAAGAUAGCUUUAGAGUUGGGUGCCGACCUAGUUGGGAUGCUUCUCUAUUAGCUUGAUGCUUGUGUAUUCCUCAAUAACUAUAUAUCGAUUUGUGUUGACA